AAACGAAGAAGAAGCAGCAGGCAAGCAACAUACCCACUUCUGGUGUAGUCUGCGUCUGUGGGUUAAAGGUAAAACGUGUGGCGUUUUUACAUUUUUAGGGACGUCUGGGGUGAAUAAUGGCGAGGCGGCUUGAUAAUAUAAUAAAUACGCUUCAAGGAUUGAUUGACGAAAGUAUUGUGCCUAAAAGCGAGGAUGAGUCUGAGGACGAAAUAUCGGACAGCUGGAGCGUGGAUGUAACUGUAGAGGGAGAAGACUUCCCUGACAAUGAGGCUGCUGACCCGUUGGGAGGAUGGAGGUGGAGUGAUAUGAAUGAUCCAGACAUCACACCCCGGCAGCCCACCUUCAGACCCGCCCGGUCACCAGGACCACAGUUCACAAUUCCAGCCACCUGCACACCCCUGCAGUUCUUCCAACUCUUCUUCACUGAUUCUAUUUCACAGACAAUCGUUAAUAACACCAAUGAGUUUUGCUCCAGUCAUGCACCCCCCGCCAUACCGUGGACUGACCUGACACUGAAGGACAUGUAUUCAUUCAUGGCUUUGGUCGUCUACAUGAGUGUGGUAAAAUGCUCUGGAUUUGCUGACUACUGGCGAGUGGGGAAACUGUAUGAAUUAACAUUUCCUAGACGGGUAAUGACUGGUAAGAAGUUCCUCACCAUCAGCAGGUCCCUUCACCUCAGCAGCUUGGCACAGGAUGCUGCUAAUAAGGAAAAGAGAGGCACAGCAGCCUUUGAUCGCCUCUGCAAAAUAAAGCCACUAUACGAGGAGAUGAGGAGCGCCUGCAGAAGGAACUAUCACCCUGCCCAGGAAGUUUCCAUUUGUGAGAAAAUGGUUGCCUCCAAAGCCCGCAAUGGACUGAAGCAAUAUAUAAAAAAUAAGCCUACUCGCUGGGGACAUAAACUCUUUGUUCUGACAGACUCAUCCAGUGGUUACACAUGGGACUUGUUUAUCUAUGAGGGAAAGCUGAAAGGAACCAGCGGCAAGGGGCUUGGUUAUGAGUCUGUGAUGGAGCUAAUCAACAUACAGAUGCUGGGCACCGGCUACAAGCUCUUUGUUGAUAACUUUUACACAAGUCCCACACUUUUCCGUGACCUCCUCAAGAGGAAGAUCUGGGCGUGCGGAACCAUCCGAGCGAACAGACCUGGCUUCCCCAAAACAAAGAAUAACAGCCUAGAUGCAAAAUCUCCCCGCGGCAGCAUCCGCUGGAUCAGAAAGGACUCCUUGCUCUUUGUCCAGUGGCGAGACGCCGGGGACGUCUCCCUGUGUUCAACCCUCCACACGGCCCAUUCGAAGGACACAAUGCCAAGAAGGGUCAAAGGUGCAGAUGGGCAAUGGACCUCGAAGGACAUCCCAGUCCCACCAGUUGUGAAGGAGUACAACCAGUUCAUGGGUGGAGCGGACCCCUCUGACGCCCUGACAGGGAACUCCAAAGUCCUCCACAAGACUCAAACGUGGUAUAAGACGUUCUUUUAUCAGUUCAUGGACAUCGCAGUUGUGAACGCCUUCCUCCUCCACAAAGACAUAGCAAAAAGUAAAGGAGAGAAGCUUAUCACUCAGAAGGCGUUCAGAGAGACCCUCGCAGAGCAGCUGGCCGAGGCGGGGUCUGUCUCGACAGCCAGACCCGUACCAACUCCCGCUCCAUGGGCAGCACAUCACAGGCCAGUGCACAUCAGUGGGCACAGCACCACUGGUCGCCUGAAGUGCAGGCAGUGCCAUUUGAAGACACCGCUGAAGUGUCCCUCCUGUGAUGUGCCUUUGUGCUUUGUUCCCGGUCGUGACUGCUAUAAUGACUGGCAUGUUGCUAAAAACAUGUAACAGGUGUGUGUAUGUGCGUGUAAAUAGUUAGCUUCAUUACACCGUUUAAUAAACGGUUUUUCUACCAUAUCACUUGACUUUUUCAUAUGCACUAAGUUUAUUUUUAAGAAGGGGAAAAAGCACUAUAGUGUGUUUAUGCUCGGGUUACUCUGUAUCAGCAACUGACAGUGAAUGUGGAUGUGGGAUGUGAUACCUCCAAGUGGCACCUUUGAUUUGAGCCCAAGGUAGGCAUUUAAGACUUGUAGCCUUUCUGUCCUAGGUAUGUGACCACGGUUGUAAAAUACUCAUUUUCUGUGGUAAUUUAAACUUUGACUAGGUAAGACUUGAUGAUCAAUAAUCCAUUUGCGGAAAGAAACGUAACUCCCUGAGUAAAGAGGAUCCACAGAAGCAGGACAAGACAGCUUUCACUGUGCAAAAAUGUAGUAGGCAGUCCCAAUAUCAAGCUUAAACACAAUAAAGAGAGGACGAGAUAACGCCAACAAAAAGGCGUGCUGCCAUCUUGGAUGCCUGACGUAUUCAAUUAUGAACAAUCAAUUAAGAUUGUCUAUGGAAACAACAUAAUAAUUUGUGAUUUGUUGGCUAAAUUAGCAAAUUAAAUGCCAGAAAAAUCAAGGUACUUCAUCACAAUGAUGCAUAACUUCCAUAAAAAUUCCUUUUGUCAUAAAUCAGUCUUACUUAUUGAGGUUUAACAUGCCCAUAAUAGUCUAAUUCAACCAGAAAUAUUAAAAUGAGGGCUAUCUUGUAGAAAAUUGUAGUGCUACUUACACACUUGUUUUACAGUGUUUUCAGGGUAAAAUCACAAAGACUCAUUCGCUGUUAUGUCCUCGGAAAAAGAAAUAAUAAGAAUUAAUUUCCCUGCAGAGAAUUUAACUUAUACAGCCUGAUGACUAAAGAACGAGCAACCAGGGUAGUACAAGAUAAGUGGAGAUAAAUCAAGGGGACAGGUGGUUAUCUCUUUUUGAGUUUUUACUGAAGAGUAAAGCUAAGCAGGUGAAGUUUGUCAGUGAGUAGAAGAUAAAGAGGAAACCUAAAGGAGCAGAUGGACUGCUGGAGACAACCAGCGACUAAAGAGCAAAACUGUGGACAGGUGAACAGAUUAAAGUGCCACAGACAUGAGACUUACUCAAGGUUAGUAAAAUGAAAGAACUUUAUUUGACAGGAGGUGGCAGGAGACACCACUGUUAGUGAAAUGGCAGACGUACUGUAAGAUGGUAGCAUCAUCACAUUCAGUUUAAGGAGAAGAACUGCACACAGUGUUGUUCUUUUUGUCCAUCUCUUUUAUUUCAGCAGCCUUGUGUUGAAUCCUCACAUUCCCCAUCAGUCCAUGAUUUUAAUAAUUUUUCUGAGUUAGUUAAAUAAUAUCACAAUAUUGCAAAAUUCUAUUCUGCUCUUCUGAAAAAAAGAGAGAUUUUAACUGGAUGCCCAAAUGACUGCUUUAAGUAGUGUUACUUUUUUGUUUGGCUUCAUCUGUAACACACCACUGGCACUUGGGUGCAACUUACAAAGAGGUUGUUCAAUGUUCUUUCAAAAACAGCACAUGUCGUGUUUCAUUCUCAAAUAAUUACUUAAAAACUUAAAGCUGUGAAGGAAUUCUUAAAGGAAUACAUCACCCACAAUAUGAUUAUUUAUAAAUCAGGUACUGACCUUACCUUGCGUUGAAUCUGUGGGGGAAAAAAAACUUCUCACAUCUCACAUCUCCACGGGGAAUGAAGAAUUUUAAACAGCUAACAUUCUUGAUGAACUGGAGUAAAAAGGGGACCACGUUUAACCACAGUAAAACUAAAUCAAAACAUUUAUUUACAAACUCUCACACGACUCCUGCAGUAUAAUUCAAGUGUCAUUUAUCCAGUUGCAUGCUCAGUACUUCCCAAACACGUGCAUUUUCACUAAUACGUUUCUAUUUAAAACACCUCUGCAUAUGAAUAGUGUGCCUGAGAAGGUGCAUGUGUUCAAACUCGAGUUCAAAUGCACAGGCUUUGGAUUCAAUGCUUAUUUAUUUUUAUUGGUGCAAAAUGAACACAGUGGUGACUCUACAGGUACAAAACAAACACAUUGGGGUGUCUGGGGGGCUGGGAACUCUAUAGUUAAGGUAUGCGUAAGUGUGUGUGUAGGUGGGGGCAUCGGUGUCACCGGCAGUAGAAGGAGGUAGUUACCGGGUUAGGAGUGUGUAUGUGUGUGUGUGUGUGUGUGUAUAUGUUACAGGGGUAGAUAGGUGGUGUUAGUGUCUAACUAUCUUUGUCUUUUUAACCUGUUGUUGCUGUUGAGUCAGUUUGACAUCCUGGAUAUAUCCUUCAAACACAGACUGUAGACCCCUCUGUCUGCUUCUCUCUGGAAUCACUCUUUCAUUUUCCCAAAAAUAUGAUAAUAUUUCUUCAGGGAGUGCAGUUAGUUACAGUGUGGGCUCCAUGCUGACUCCCACAGCUUGUCGAACCAUCACAAAGGGGCUUAGCAAAAGGUCAGUCAUUGAAUCUCAACUAAUAAGCUGUUGAAAUGUUUGAAACACUAUCCCAGGUAGACAAUCCAAAUAAAGUGUUAACAAAGUUUUCUUUACAAAUUCAACAUAACACUGGGUGAGUACUUUUGUGGGUGAAUUAUUCCUUUAAAGAGUUGUAAUGAAUCAGGCCUUUGACUGAAGUAUUGUGAUUCUGUCAUGACACGUGAAUGAUCCCAGUAACAUAGUAUCAGUAGCUGUGGUGGUUGUAAACUUGUGAACACUCCUUCCUGAAAUUAUGAAUAAACUUCAGUUUACGUUAACCACAGCAUCCUUAUACCAGCUUCCUGUUGCUGUUGUUCUGUUCACUUGUACUCUUCACCCUGAAUGAAUCAUUUCCCGUCAUACUGAAUUCUGCUUCUUCGAUGCCUCGUGUGGUUAUCAAACCAGUUUAACUUGAUCUGUGUGUGCAUGCGUGUGUGUGUGUGUGUGUGUGUGUGUGUGUAUGCAUGCACACAUGAAUACCAGUUUUCAGAGCAGCUUGUCUUCAGACUGUGAUGUUUACAGUCCACAUUUUAACUUUGCUGUGACUUCCUUCUCAUUAUUUGCUCAUUAUUUCUUUGUUUGAACAUUCAAGCAAAUU